AUGACUACUGGACGCGCGCGCCGCGCCCGUCCUGCUGAGUCGACAAGCGGUAGGAGAGGCCCCGCGCAGGAGCGUGGGAGCCGCAGGCGGCUAGUGGGGAGGAGGGCACGUAACAGGCAGCAAGUGAGAAAUCCUGCGCGGGUGCGGGCGUCUGCUGCAGACACGGAACUUUGCUUCGCCUCGUGCCUUGUAACCACCGAUGACGUCCACGACGGGGAGGAGCAGGCGAGCUCCGUCUUUUCUGAGGUUGACAUUAUAAAUGACGUCAUUCAGGAGUUUCUCCUGGAAAGCGACAAUGACGAUGAUGUGGGGGAGUUCAAUCACACGACUAUCUUCCACACCGUCAAACCAUUUCUGAACUGCUCGUGCAGCGUUAGGAGCAGCUUAAGAAGGGAGGCACGAAAGGCCCUUCCUAUGCCAACAUCUCGGCCUGCAGCUGCUGCCACCCUUGCCGAACCGGGACUGACGCUUGCGGAGGCAAUGCUCCCCAGCCACGGAGGGGUAGGAUACCGUCGUCGACGGCACAAGACACUACUGCCAUAUCACAGGGGCCUACCAUCUGCUCCUCUCUGCAUUGUGGUGGACCUGGAUGAAACCUUAGUACAGGCGCGCGGGGAAUGCGUGCAACCUCGACCAUACAUCAAGGAAUUCCUCGAUGUUUGUCACACGGAGGGUUGCGAAGUAGUAGUGUGGUCCGCAGGAUCGCCGUCCCAUGUGAACAUGGUUGCUCGUGCCGUGGCAAAGGCAUCACAACGAAAGGAGUGGUUCCACUACAUCAUCAGUCGCCAUGACAAGUGGUAUUGCGGAGAGGAAGAUGGUGUGAAAGAUUUAUCUGUCCUCGAUCGAGUGAUAAAUCGCGUAUUAAUGGUAGAGAACAACCCGCGCUCCAUUCAACGGUACCCGCAGCACUCUAUUCUUCUGGAAGACUACAACCAGCCAACAGCACAGGAUAACUCGUUAAGAAUAAUUUCGGACCUCGUGCGACGACUGCUGCCUCUUCUAAGAGAUACUGAUCUUACUGCCAAUGUCACCGUUCCUAGUUUGCUUGCCGAGGACGACGCAUUAAUCGAUCUCUCGUUUUGUUUCUCAGGACCUUCCAACAGUAAAAAAUGCGUGCACAGUAGGGGGCUUCGGUACUCUCCACAGACGGAUUUUGCGUGUCGAAGUUACGGGGGUGAGCAUCCCUUGCUGCUUCAGAGGAAUGGGACGUGA